AUGCACUAUACAUUAUUGUAUUUCUCUAAACAUUAAUUCAUAACAUUUCCUUCCAUUACUUUCCAAUCUGCUCUUCAAUGGAAAAGCGAACACACUUCCUCUUCUUAGUUCUCUUUUUAUUGUUAACUGCAAUAAUCUUCACUGCGGUUCUUGCAAAGAAAGGAAGGAAUGGACAUCAUCAUCAUCAUCACCAUCACCCUGGUUCUGUAAAGCUUUUUGUUUUCGGAGACUCGUACGCCGAUACUGGAAAUUGGGGGAAAUCUGCAGCUUCCUGGAAUGAACCAUAUGGGCUGACUUACCCUGGAAAACCAGCCGGCCGAUUUUCCGAUGGACGUGUCUUGACUGAUUUUCUAGCCUCGCAUUUGGGGAUGAAAUCUCCCAUUCCUUUCGAAAUGAGAAAGUCAGAGAAUGGAUCAAAUCUGCAACACGGAAUGAACUUUGCCUAUGGAGGCACUGGUGUUUUCAACACGAUGGCGAAUGAACCAAACAUGACUGUGCAAAUUAACAACUUUCAGCAACAACUUGAAGAAAAUGUCUUCACCAAACACGACCUUAAUUCUUCCAUCGCCCUGGUUUCUCUCGCUGGGAAUGACUAUCUCACUUAUAUUAUGAAGAAUGACAUUAACAAUGUCCAGGGUUUGCAGGACCUCACGAAAAAUAUUAUUCAGCAACUUUUAAUUAAUAUGAAGCGUCUUCAAGCAGUGGGGAUUAAAAAGAUAGCUGUUACUACCGUUGAACCGAUGGGGUGCUUGCCCAAUGCAGCUGUCGUUUCUUCAUAUCAGAAUUGCUCUGAAAUUUUCAAUGCAGCCGCGAAGUAUCACAACGAGGCGUUGGUGAAUGAAGUGCAAAAGCUAAACAAUGAGAACAAGGAUUCUGUCAUAUUUCUGCUGGAUCUGUACGCUGCAUUCAUGUCUACAUUAACCAAGAAUGGAAAACUUUCAGGGAAUUCGGAGAUGAAGACUUUGUUGCAGCCAUGCUGUGUGGGUUUAGAACAAAAAUACUUCUGUGGCAGUAUAGAUGACAGUGGGGCAAAGAAAUACAGUGUAUGCAAACACCCUGAAUUAUCAUUCUUUUGGGACGAUAUACACCCUUCGGAGAAUGGCUGGAAAGCUGUUUAUUAUGCCUUACGAUCUACCCUCGAUGAAAAAAUCCGUUAAGUUAGUGAUGAGUUACUCCAUUGCAACAAAUUAAUAGUUAAGAGGAAGAUUAUAAUGUUGGAGAAUAUAUAUAUAUGUAAGUACUUGUGCAAAUUAAGUUUUAUGUAUUUGAGAAAUGUUCACAUUUAAUUAGUAAUUAAUUCGAUGUGAACAUGGUUGAUUAGUUGAUUGUUUAGAUUUCUACUGCGGAGAUUUAGUUUGUAACCAAUAGAAGAGGAUGAAGUGGGAUGUGUUGCUCUGUUGUGGGUGUUACAACCAAGUUUUAUAUGUUGAGUAAUGCUACAUAUAUAGACUAAUUAUACAAACUAUUCCUUAU